AUGUCACAGUAUGCAGUUGGACUGUGCGAAAUCCUAGUGGACGAGUUUUUUGGAGAAUGCUGCUCGGAAAUAGCAAGCAUUUUACUUCGUCAUGGGCGAAUGAAUCUAUCAAUGCUUCUGAAGCGGACAAAUCUUCCUGCGCCAAAAAUUCGACAGGCUCUUGCUAGUCUAAUGCAGCAUCAUAUGGUCUCGUUUGUUACGGCCAUUGAACAGCUUCGAGAAGUGACUUAUUAUGAAGCCCAAUGGCAAGAAAUGUAUAAUUUAAUAAGGAAAGGAAAGGACGUUUAUUCAGUUUCGCUAAAAUUAAACCAAGAAACAGCAUCCAUCGCUAAAUAUGUGAGUACACAGGGUCGUGCGCGCGUGCAAGAUGUUUAUAGUGCAUUUGGAAAGAGUCCAGAUGGAACGGAUGAGGAAAGCCGAAUGCUACAGCAAAAUAUUACUGAUUUGAUAUACUUGAAAUAUCUUGUAGUUGUGCAGCCUCGACAUUUGAUUCCGGUUGGUGACCAGGAAAUGCAACUUCGUAUCAAAUUCCUUGAGCAGCGUAAAUCAGAGAACGUAUCUGAAAUAAAGAAGAAUCGUGAAGUGAAUGACUCUGUCGCACUUGAAAUGGCCCGGCUCCAAUCAAGUGACAUGGCCGAAAAUCAAGGUCUUAUAAGAAAACCGAAAGAUUCGAUUCCCCGGCCCGCGAAACGAAAGCGAAGAAAUGCUACCACUUCUUCAAUGACGGGAGAUUUGAACGAAAUUUUGGAUGAUGAAAACAGUAUUCUGCUUCCAGAUCCCGCUGCACACGUACGCGUAAAUCGUGCAAAAUUCUCAUUCUUAGCAAGAAAUCAAAGACUUGUAUACUGGGCAGAACGCCGUAUCGGAAAAACGACUGCUAUCGUAUAUUCUCAUCUACUGGCAAUCCUAGAGUCUAAAUUCGUAGGCUCUCCAUCUCCUGCUACUGUUUUAACCAUCACUACCAUGGAACUUACAAGGAAUUUUCCUAAAGACAUUGACAUUGAGUCUUGUUUUGCGAAAAGCUCCAACGUAAGGAAACCCCCUGCAAAAGCUGCACUUGAUCAACUUGACGAACUGGAAAUGGAGGAACAGGAAGAGGAGGAUGAAGAUUACGAAGAAAACAUUGAUGAUGAAAGCAACAGCAAAAGCAAAGUGUUGGUACAACAUUUGGAAUUGCUGGCUGAUACUGCCUUGAAAUUUAUCACAAGAGUGGGUAAUAGAGGCAUGGGUGAAUGGAAAAUAGACUUUGCUUAUUUAACAAAUAUGCUUCGUGCUGUGGAAUUUGAAAAUAUUUUAGACGAAAAACUUGGUGACAGAGCAACUAGACUAUUACGGAUUAUAAAAGAUAAAGGAAAAAUUGAGGAAAAGCAACUAGCAAAUAUGGCCUUACUACGACAAAAAGAUUUACGAACUGUUCUUCAAUCUAUGGCUGAGAUGGGAGCAUUAGAAUUACAAGAAGUUCCAAGGAGCUCUGAUCGUGCACCUUCAAAGACUUUUUAUCUCUGGUUUCAUCGGUCUGAACGUGCUUAUUCUAUUUUUCUGGAUCAAUUAUAUGAAGUAAUUGCAAAAAUGUUUCAUCGACUUCGGGACGAACGGGCUCAAAGAUCGCAACUAAUAGACAAGGCUGAACGUAUUGAUAUAAAAGGGAAGGAGGAAGAAUAUCUGCAGAAAUUUGAACAAGCUGAGUUGAAAAGAUUGCGCUCAUAUGAGGAAAAGCUAUUAUUGCAAGCUUCUCGUUUGGACGAAUUAAUUUUAAUUUUUAGGGACGAAUAA